GAACCAGCUGAACCGAUGAGUGGGGAAAGAAACGACAGAAAGCUUUUGUGGAGCAGAAACAUCCAGACGACCUGAGAAGCUCUGACUGAAGAGAUUUAUUCACAUCAAAGGUGGUGCCAUUACAGCACACUUCACCCUGAACCACCAACUCUCAGUGAGUUCCUCACAGCUCCCUCAAGUGUCAAAUCACAGUUUGAACAUGACAGGUCAAACUGUGGGAGGCAACAUCCAGGACCUGUCAGCGCCCCCACUGCUGGCUGUGGAGGGACCGGAGUCCAGGCCUCUGGAAAGGACCUUGUCCUUCACUGAUGAGGCUGUUUCCAUCAUGACCUCCACAAGCCAGCUGGCCAAAACUUUCCUGAAUCACACCUUCGCCCUCAAACACAAAGAGAGCCUUGCCAACGCUGAAGCGAAGGGUGGUAGCAACUGCGAUGAAGACAAUGGCAACAGUGCACGCCGCAAACGAGAGUUCAUCCCUGACGAGAAUAAAGAUGACGGCUAUUGGGACAAGAGGAAAAAAAACAACGAGGCAGCCAAGCGGUCCAGAGAGAAGCGGCGAGCCAAUGACGUGGUGCUAGAGAGGCGAGUGCUGGGCCUGCUGGAGGAGAACGCCUGCCUGAGGGCCGAGCUGUUGGCCCUGAAGUUUCGCUUCGGCCUGGUCAAGGACCCAUCUGAGGUUUCCAUCCUGCCACUGUCUGCACCCGUCUGUGCUCCACCAACACCCAGGACAACACAUUCCUACCAGCCUCACACUGAUGGACCCUCAUACCCCAACACACCGCCCAGCACCCACCACAUCCACUCUCACCCUCCACAACAGGGUGCCAUCUAUGGACCAAGGGGAACCGGGCCUCUGACAAGUCAUAGUGUUUCCGAGGAGUCCGGUGUCUCCACCUCAUGUAGCUCAAAUAUGGGCAGCCCUGUGUUUUUUGAUGACACACUGAGUGAGCGUGGUGGGCCUUCUCCGAGGGAGCUGGUGGAGGAGCAGCGGGGCUACGACUCCCACAUCUGUCCCCCGGAGGCCAACGAGAGUCACUACAUAAACAGACAAGACUCACCCGAGGGUUUGAGGAGCCUCCCGCACAAGCUCCGCUUCAAAGGGCCCGCUGGUUGCAGCGAUGGAGGGGAGACAUCUCCAGCCUCUGAUACCAGACACAGUGGACCACCUGUAGCCACAGUGUGGCCAAACAUCCAGGUGAAGAACCACCAGCAGGCGGGAUGGGACAGUCGGACGGAGAGUCAGGCUCCUUGGUCCAGGGAGGAGGCCUGUGGUGGACUUGGGCAGCAAUAUCAGGGUCCGUCAUCUGGACAUCAUAAGUCCUCCUCUCUGCAGAACUCCAGCGACACCAAGUGUUCGACAGACGAUGUCAGUCUCAGGUCUCAGAUCAGCUGUUUGUCUCAGGAAGUGGCUCAGCUCAAGAGGCUCUUCUCUCAGCAGCUGCUUAAAGCCUGAGCACAAAGUUAAUAGACAGAUUUCACACUACAUAUCUUUACAAACCAUCGAUCUUACAGAUUGCUGACUCCCACACAGCAUGGCCCCAGUGUUAACAGCUACCUCUGAAGUGACAAACCUUAUUUGCAACACCUGUUUCACUGGAAAAGCUUAGUUUGGGAGCCUGUUUGUUCUGUGAUGGUCAACACCCCCCCCUUCUCCCUCCCUUGCCCCCCUCCCCACCAGAAAACACCAACAUAUUUAACUUUAAUGUUAAAUGAAUGCAAAGCUAAAUGUGGUUUCUUUGUGAGUCAUCACAUGUCUUUCGAUCAUGUUGAUUUACAGAGAUUUGAAGGACGCUGUACAUUUCCGAAUACUUGACUGAACAGGUCUGUCAGACACACUGGACAUGAUCAUGUUAGAUACAACACAUACUGUAGCACACGGUUAUAAUUGGUGACACUUCAAUCUCACCAUGUUCACUUGACUCAGAUGUGGAAAUGCUUUGUCCUUUUUGGGACAACAUACAGUUUGUAGGAUUUUCAAAACAAAUACUGUAUAUCAAUAUUAUGCGCUGUCCCAAACAGAAGAAGAAAAUACUUUUUUGGAGUGUACUUGUUUCUGUGAUCUUUAUAUUGUUCACUGUAUCUGAUUUAUCUAAUGAGGUACAUACAACUGUAUAUUUCAUUGUUGUUCAGAAUUAUAAUUAAGUGAACUGUACGUAAAUAAAUGUAUAUUUUAUACAAACAAC